UUACUCGGUCGUCAAAUUUAAAAGAAACCAAGGCGAUGGAGAAGGAGUGGAGGGAGGUGGAGGAGCAGGUGGAGAGUCUGAUGAGCGGUCAGGGGUCAGAGGUCACCGGAUGUGACGUGUGCCCCGAGCAGUGCAAACCGGCGUCUCUGAAAAAAAACGUCACCUACAUCGUCUGCGCCGUCAUUUUCAACGAGAAGAGCUAGUGAAGAUGAGGAGUACGUUCAGCCACAGACUCAUCCCACCUCGCCAAAGCACUAAGCGCCUGGGAAACUCCUUUGUGCCUGUAGCCAUCAGGCUGCACAACAAGGGGUUAACCAUGAGACUCACUGACAAUAACCCGGACUGCACAUCAAGCCUGCACUUUUGCACAAAGCCUUUUACCCGUAUCAAUCGAUGUAAAUAUAUUCAACAAUCCGGAUACAAAAUGAGGAGGUGCUGAUGGUGCAGGAGGCGAGGCAGGACUGUUAUAAGCAGUGGUACCUGCCUGCCGGGAGGGUGGAGGUGGGGGAGAGCCUGGAAGAGGCGAUGAGAAGGGAGGUGAAGGAAGAGGCAGGGUUUGACUGUGAACCAAUCACCUUGCUGCUGAUACAGGAGCAGGGACCACAAUGGAUCCGCUUUAACUUCCUCGCCAAAAUCACAGGUGGGAGUCUAAAGAAUCUGACAGCAGCAGAUCAGGAGUCUCUUCAGGCCUGCUGGUGGGACAGAAAGGCUGUCCUCCCUCUAAGAGGUCGAGACAUCAUCCGUAUCAUCGACUGCGGGCUUAAGUACUGUCGGGAACCCUGGCAUCCUGUCACGUUACCGUUGGACCUACGCUGCCGUCACGUUGUGCAAAGAUCCGUCCUGGUUUUCACCAAUUCUGCAAACAAGAUCUGGCUCCUGCUCAUCAAAGCCCCAGGGCUCCACCUCCCCGCGGCUGCUGCAGUGAAGACCCACGCUGUGACCUGGGCGGCCAACAUGCUGGUGCAGGAAGCGAUGCCGUCGUCGUACUACGACCAUGACGUCAACACUCUGGGCGUCUUCAGCCUGCAGCACAACGGUCGGCAUCAAGGGAAGACGGACGGCGUGUGCUUCAACACGCUGGUGGUUCUGGUGCCUGACCGCGUCCAGCGCAAUGAGGACGGAGAGAAGUUGGAGUCGAUGGAGGUGCUGCUGCCUCCACCUGUAGAAAACCCUCGAUACCUCUGGCAUGAAGUCCAGAAACGAACACUGAGAGAGAAACUGCAGGAAAAGAUCAGAAACACCUCCAUCUUACCUCUCCACAGCAUGUACUGAGCACAAUACAUCCAGAGGUGGGAGUAUAUUUAAUCAAGUACUGUACUUAAGAACUAUUCUGGGAUAGUUGUACUUUCGCCACUACACCUCAGAGGUAAAUGUUGUACUUUUCUCUACUACAUGUAUUUAAUCCCUUUAGUUACUCUACAGAUCUGGAUUAAUGAUGGUAAAUAUGAUCAGCCCUUAAAUCAGACUGUAGUUCACCUGCAGUAAAUCCAGCAGCUACCCUGCAGUAUACAAAGCCAUUCAAACUAGCUGCACCUUUACCAGCUCUGAGAACACUUUAAUGAUCAAUCAUUAUAAAACAUAUCAGAUACUGCUCUGGAAAAAUGUAAGAGACCACUCCAAAUUGUUCUUAAAUCUUUAUUUCUACAUGUAUGGCAGCCAUUCGAGUUUCUGUUGAAUUCCAACACAGAGAAAAAUUGUCAGUAGUUUAUAGAAUACAAUUAAUAAAACAAAAUCAUUUAACUCAAACACAUACCUAUAAAUAAUAAAACAAUAUUAUUCUGAAAUGGACCAAUCUGCACAAUGACUACUUUUACUGUCGCUACUUUAAGUAGUUUCUGAUGCUGAUACUUUUCUACUUUCACUGGAGGAACAUUUAGAAUGCAGGACGGUUACUGUAACAGAGUAUUUAUACUCAAGUACAAGAUCUGAGUACUUCUCCCACUUCUGGUUAUAUCUUAUCACUGUAUCAUUCACUUACACCCCUUUUCCACUGAGAUGAGUUCUGUACUAUUUCUUUGCUGGGGCAAGUUUGGUUCAACUUGCAAACCACUUAAGGAUCAGUUUGCUUUUCCACCGACUAAAGGAGGAGCCACAUCAUGAUGUCAGCGAUUACCAGCCUCUCCCUCACUAACAACAAUGUCAGACUACCUUAGAGCUGUGCUUAUUUCGCUCUUAAACCUACACUGAAAAAACUGAAACGUUGACUCUUAAUUAAAUGUAUUAUGUCAACAGAUUUCACAUAACUGUCUUAGGUUAGUUGAAAGCAAAAUUAAGUUUAUAUAUUAGGUUCAACUUAAUAGUAUUGCUUUGAACUAGCCUAAUACAGAUAUAACAUCAUACAUUUAUUUAAAGGCAACGUUUCAGUUUUUUGUGUGAAAGUGUGCAAAGCCAGAUUGAAUUGUAAACAAGACCUGUCCAGUUUUAUGGUCUCCUCCAGAGUAACGUGUCUAAUAAAAUGCCACUAUGGUUCAGCUGCGUUUGUUGACAGGUGUUUAGCCUGAUGUUUCCUCACACCAGCUGAAAGUAGUGAGUCAGUGUCUCACUGUCAAACAGUAAUGUCUCCUAGCGCACAUUUCUUCAUAAAUGACCGGCUUGGUAGAUUGCUCGUUCACCAGUUGAAAAAGUUUGAGGAACUGUAGCAUUACCGCAGUGGAAAAACACGCAAUCUGGCACCGGCUUGGAAUAGGCCCUGGAACCGCCUUAGUGGAAAAUGGGUACAAGAGGACUCGAAAAAAAUGCUAACUUUUGGCUUUAAAAAAAGAGAGCUUUUAUUGUGAAUGAAUGUGUAUAUGUCAAAUGUUAUGUAUUAGUUCAAAUGUUGAGUUUAAUUGUAAACAGAGCAAUAAAAUACGUAUUUUAUAAUA